AUGUCCAUUGACCAAACCUUGACGAGUGUUCCAUUUAUGAAAACGUUUCUGUCGUUGGUAGACAACGAUGAUUCUUCAGACUCUUCCUUAACUGAUAGCAGGGACAGUGAAGAAGCCAUGGAACGCUGGAUGGCCAUUUUACAAGGUCGUGAGAUUCCAAUGGAAUACUGGGAUAGUUAUAUUAAAAAGAGCAAAAAGCUUUCAAGAUUCGAGAGUUUUUUAAUUUCUUGUAUAUUCGAAAAUACAAUGGAUAAACUUCUAUGCAUGGGGAAGAACGAUUUGAAACCGAGGCCACCGCUGUAUAAUAUAAAUGAGCCUUCCAGGAUUGCCACUUAUUCUAGACAUAAGCAUAAAUAUGAUAGAAAUACUUUGAAGGAAAAACAUACAGAACUUAUGAGAUAUGAAAGAGCAAAACUUGAAUCAGAUCGCAAUUUUAUCACCCAAGGUAUGGAGGACACACUUGCCGACCUGAAUCAAUCACAAACAUUUACACCUAUGCAGGCAUAUCUCAGAUUUUUUAAAUCUCGAGUAAACGAAAGGAAAACUGUUUUAAAUGAAAGUCGCGAUUUACAAGGACUUCUAAAAGUUCAAUAUCAUAUUUUGAAUAUUGAAAAAUAUUUCGGAACACUUUCCAAAGGCGCAAGAGAUAACAAUGAAGAAAGAGCAAAGUCUCAAAUUCUUGACAGUCAAGUGUUUGCCAACAUCCAGAAACGUUUGGUAGAUAAAUAUGAAAGUGCACGUAGGGAGCAAAACCAAAUUAAACUUAAGCAAACUGAAAUGAAUUUAGAACAAUCUGCCCAAUCCAAUAAAAAAAAUAUCAUGCUAGAGAAUCGAGUUGAUAGUGAAAUAAUAGAAUUUCUUCAAAGACAGACUACGGAUUUACAAAAUCAAGUCAGAGAUUGGAGUGACCGUUAUGAUUCAGAUGUUGAAGAGUACGAUACAAUGAUUUUGAUGAGAAAAGAGAAAUUGGAAGCUCUCCAGAAGGAAUUAACAACCCUUCGAGCUAUUUACAAUGAAAAACAAGAGCAAAUUGAAGAAUAUUUGGAGAUCAAACACGAGAGAAAGUUCUUGCAGAAAAAAACUCUUAUGACAUUAUUAAUUCAAACUUGGUGGCGAGGAAAUUUAUUUAGAAAAAAAUUAAUGCCUAAAAAGGCUCGAGCAAAUAAAAAAAAGAAAGCGGAUAAGUAA